AUGAGUUUUUCCAGUGACGAAGUGAAUUUUCUGGUUUACAGAUAUCUCCAGGAAUCCGGUUUUCAACAUUCUGCAUACACAUUUGGCAUUGAAUCACAUAUAUCACAAUCAAAUAUCAAUGGGGCACUUGUCCCCCCAGCUGCUUUACUUAGCAUCCUCCAAAAAGGUUUGCAAUAUACUGAGGCAGAAAUCAGUAUCGGGGAAGAUGGUACCGAACAGAGAUUGGUGGAAAGUCUUAGUUUAAUUGAUGCAGUUAUGCCGGACAUAGUGGCAAGUCGACAAAAUCAGCAGAAUCAACAAAAGCAAUCUGUUAAUCCUGAGGUUGUAGAUACAAAUGGCGAAGAGGCUGCUGUUGUUUCCACCCAAAAUGAAAACAUGGAGGUGGAUCAGUCGAUUGAAAUACCAUCGUCUAAGGCUACAGUAUUAAGAGGUCACGAGUCUGAAGUUUUCAUUUGUGCAUGGAAUCCCACCACCGAUUUGCUUGCCAGUGGUUCAGGGGAUAGCACUGCAAGAAUAUGGGACAUGUCGGACAACAUCAUCAGUCCUCAACAGUUGGUUUUGAGACAUUGCAUCAGAAAAGGGGAGACUGAGGUGCCCAGUAACAAAGAUGUUACUUCUCUUGAUUGGAACUGUGAUGGAAGCCUUUUGGCAACUGGUAGCUAUGACGGGUAUGCAAGAAUCUGGACCAAUGAUGGUCGUUUGGCAAGUACUUUGGGACAACACAAGGGUCCAAUUUUCGCUUUAAAAUGGAACAAAAGGGGAAACUACAUUCUUUCUGCUGGAGUUGAUAAAACAACAAUUAUUUGGGACGCUGCCAGUGGUCAGUGCACACAGCAAUUCAGUUUCCAUUCGGCCCCUGCCUUGGAUGUCGACUGGCAGUCGAAUACUUCAUUUGCCAGUUGCUCUACUGAUCAGUGCAUCCACGUUUGCAAGCUGCUGAUGGACAAACCCAUUAAAUCAUUCCAGGGUCACACGAACGAGGUGAACGCGAUCAAGUGGGACCCGCAGGGCAACCUCCUUGCGUCUUGCUCUGACGACAUGACCCUCAAAAUCUGGUCGAUGAAGCAGGACACGUGCGUGCACGACCUGCAGGCGCACUCCAAGGAGAUCUACACGAUCAAGUGGUCGCCGACCGGGCCCGGCACGCAGAACCCCAACAUGAACCUGAUCCUCGCGUCGGCCAGCUUCGACUCGACCGUGCGGCUGUGGGACGUGGAGCGGGGCGCCUGCAUCCACACGCUCACGAAGCACACCGAGCCCGUGUACUCGGUCGCCUUCAGCCCCGACGGCAAGUUCCUGGCCAGCGGCAGCUUCGACAAGUGCGUGCACAUCUGGUCGACGCAGUCGGGUCAGCUGGUGCACAGCUACAAAGGCACCGGCGGCAUCUUCGAGGUGUGCUGGAACUCGAGGGGCGACAAGGUGGGCGCCAGCGCCUCCGACGGCAGCGUCUUCGUCCUAGAUUUGCGUAAGUUGUAAUGAACUGUAGAUAUUUUUUAUAUGAAAAUUAUUUUUAUUAACGAUAAGUAAUGUUUACUUACGAAUUUUAUCUUUUUUAUAUUUUUAUGUGGCUAGAUACUAUUUAUUCUCACUUCCGUUUUAAAAACUUUGUUGUGGAUUGACUUGGUUCAAUCAAAU